AUGUCGUCUUCUCUACAUUCCGGCAGCACCACUGAUCCCGGCCGUGGUCCAACUAUCGCAGGCGUGUCAUGGACACUGACGUCUCUCUGUUUCAUUUGCGUCGUAGCAAGACUUAUUGUUCGCCAUCGCCGACCGUCUAAGCUGGGUAUGGAUGACUUUUUGAUAUCGGUCGCAGUGGUUCUCCAAGUUCUAUUCAUGGGCUUCGUCACCGAGGCAUUAAGAUGGGGCGGCGGAAUGAAGGACGAAGACUUAACUGAGGAGCAACAUCGAUAUAUCAUCAAAUGGUUCUGGAUAUCUACAACUCCUGCCAUUCUGGUCUCCAUUGUUGCGAGGAUCUCGGCCGCCAUGUUACUUAUUCGUAUCUUUGGUAGCAGGGAAUGGUUCAAGUGGUUUUUAAUCAUCUUUACUGCCCUUCAGACUAUUGCUGGGGCUAUGACAAUCAUAACCACAUGGACUCAAAUUCAGCCGGUCGAAGCCCUUUGGAAUCCGGCCGUUGCCCCGACGGUGGUGAGGGACGGCACUCUCAACGACAUCGUCAUCAAUAUAUCUCAGUCAUUAUUCGCAUUCUCUGACCUCUCCUACGUGUUCUUCCCCAUUUUUAUCAUCUGGAAACUCAAUAUGCCCUCGCGAAGAAAGAUUGGGCUAGCCAUUCUGAUGAGUCUAUCACUUAUCAGUUUCGUAGGAUCUGUUAUGAAGCCCGUGACAACGGCAGUUGCAAAAACUCAAUAUAGCUCCAGCUUGGUCAUACUAUGGUCUGCUAUCGAACAAACUCUCAUUAUCAUCAUAAGUUGUGUGCCGGCAUUGCGCUCUGUGGUCCUUGGGGAGAUACCAGUCGUCCGUACCAUUAGCAACUCAGUGGUACGACUUCUCACCUUUGAAAGAUCAAGGAAGGGUUCAACAUCGUCAUCCGGUUCGCAAUAUCGCAAUCUAGAAGCUGGACCUCACACUCCAUUUCCAUAUAGAUCGGAUGACGUGACGCAUACGGCAUUGGCGUCCUCUGAUCCUAUCCAUUCCACGGAUGAGGAACAAGAGGUAGAAAUGUCAAGCCAAGUUCAGCAUAGGGAUGACUUUGUGGUUACCUACAAGCCGGCAUCUGGGGUGAUGAAAAGCGGUUGA